AACCCCCACCGCAUAGAGUGAACGAAAUUUGAACAGUGGCAGUAUGGCACAUGUCUAUCAGAAGAAUAUCAACAUUUGGAAUUAUGUGAGAGACCCACUUGCUUAGUUUUGUGCAAGUUAAAUCUUAAAUUGCUCCACAAGAUCACUCUCUAGCUCUUAUAUAGGAGAGAAGGGGAUCGAAGAGACUAAAAUAUAUUGUGAGUGUGAGAGUUGAAAAAUAAUGAAGAGAGGAAAACUUCGGCUGAAUCAAAUCGAGGACAAGAGCAGCCGGCAAGUGACGUUCUCGAAGCGAAGGAAUGGGCUCAUGAAGAAGGCUCGCGAGCUCUCCAUUCUCUGCGACGUCGAGGCUGCGCUCUUCAUCUUUUCCUCAACAGGAAAGCUCUAUGAGUACUGUAGUAGCGACAGUAUAGGAAAACUCCUUGAGCGUUACAGGAGACAUGUGAGCAAAAAAGUUGUUGUCUGCAAUAGUGCUGAUCAAAAAAAGAAGUAUGACGCUGAAUGUUCCGAUCAUCAGACAGAAGCUAACCUACUGCAAAUGAUUCAAAGGAAUAUAGAAGCACAAAACAUUGAACAGCUAAACAUGAUAGAGCUCACGAGACUAGAGAAAGAACUGGAUGCCUUAUAUAUUGAAACCAGAUUUCAUAAGGAAAAACAGCUGAGUGCAGAGAAAACUUUCAUGGAAGAGAUGGCAGCAAUGAUCAAUGAGAGCCCUGAGUUAGCAUUACCAUCUUCUGGAACUGAACUACAGGAGCUUCACACCCAGGAAAAACAGCUGAGUGAAGAAAAAGCUUUCAUGGAAGAGAUGGCAGCAGUGAUCAUGGAGAAUCCUGAUUUUGCAUCACCAUCUUCUGGAACUGAACUACUAGAGCUUCACACCCAGGAGAAACAGCUGAGUGAAGAGAAAACUUUCAUGGAAGAGAUGGCAGCAAUGAUCCCUGACUACCCAUCACCAUCUUUUGGAACUGAACUACUGGAGCUUUACACCCAUGAUAUCAACUACGCCACUCCACUCCAACAGGGUAUGCCCCAUCUCAAUUAGGUACUCCCAAUGUAGCUGCGUGUAUCUGGAUAUCUUUGGUUUCUUAUUGGACUGAUGUGAUUCUCUUCUGUGGCCAAAAACACUUGUAAUAAUAAUAGAAUGAUGUACUCGCCUAUGCAGAUACAUGUAAAUGUUAUGUAACUGUUAAUCUGUUAUAUUGUUGGGCUUAGCAAUUUUCUAUGGAUUGAGUUUGGGAUUUUGUGUGA